AUUCAAUGGGCGCGGCUUCAGCAACGCGGGAACUGGCGGGUUCGGUUACUUUUGUUUCAGCGGGCAGGCAACACAGCUCGGGAGACCUAUAUUUUUACUGUUUAAUGUCUUGUUCCCCUCAUGUAUUUCCGCUGCAAAUUGUGUGUGGUGGGUCACUUUGCCCGCGGUACUCUAGGAGUUUGGUUUUAGAAGUUGUCACAGCCAUUGGGUUUUAGCUGAUAAUACGGCGGGCGGAAGGGACCUGGCCGAAAGAAACUGGGGCAGUGUGUCUACGACUGUCUGGGAUUGCUAUGGAGUCUUUUCAGAAAGUGGAAAAGAUUGGGGAGGGAACGUAUGGGGUGGUGUACAAGGCAAAAAAUAAACUUACUGGAGAAACGGUUGCCCUCAAGAAAAUCAGACUGGAUACCGAAACUGAGGGAGUUCCCAGCACGGCUAUCAGAGAGAUCUCCCUACUCAAGGAACUCAGCCACCCCAACAUUGUCAAGCUACGUGAUGUCAUCCACACAGAGAAUAAGCUGUACCUGGUGUUUGAGUUCCUUCAUCAGGAUCUGAAGAAGUUCAUGGAUUCUUCCUCAGUCACUGGAAUUGCCCUGCCCCUGGUCAAGAGCUACCUGUUCCAGCUGCUGCAGGGCCUGGCCUUCUGCCACUCCCACCGAGUGCUGCAUCGCGACCUCAAGCCCCAGAACCUGCUCAUCAACGCUCAGGGCGAGAUCAAGCUGGCCGACUUCGGCCUGGCCAGGGCCUUCGGGGUGCCUGUCCGUACCUACACCCACGAGGUGGUGACUCUGUGGUACCGAGCUCCAGAAAUUCUUCUGGGUUGUAAAUAUUACUCCACAGCUGUGGACAUCUGGAGUUUGGGGUGCAUUUUUGCAGAAAUGAUCACCAGGCGGGCCUUGUUCCCGGGCGACUCGGAGAUCGAUCAGCUCUUCCGGAUCUUCCGCACGCUCGGGACGCCCGACGAGGGCGUGUGGCCGGGCGUCACCUCCAUGCCCGAUUACAAGCCCUCCUUCCCAAAGUGGGCGCGGCAGGAGCUGUCCAAGGUGGUGCCCCCGCUGGACGAGGACGGGAGGGAGCUCCUAUCGCAAAUGCUGAACUAUGACCCCAACAAGAGGAUUUCGGCCAAGAACGCCCUGGUACACCGCUUCUUCCGCGACGUCACCAUGCCCGUCCCACACCUGCGGCUCUGAGAGACUGGGAGAAGCCGCGCAGACGGCGACUGCUGGAUCGCCCCUCCCCUACCCCUCUGCUGGCCAAUAGCCUCGCUAAUAAAACAGCCCUUUAUGGGGCUGGGCCUACCUCUGUGGAGUCCUACGGACCACCUUUGGUGCCUUUUUUUAUACACAUGUCUCCUGUAGCUACCCAACAGUGUCCUUUUGUUUGGUAAAUUUUUUCUUUUUAGAUGUGUGUCUGUCAUGAUGUACGUUUAUGGGGAAACUGCACCUAAUGGCACAAGUUCCAACAUUCCACCGUUCAGCUUUUGUAACAGUCAAUUACUUUGGAAGGAUUGUGCUUUUCUGGGUCGGGGAGAGGGGAAAGGGCAUUGGAGUCCACUUUUCUGAAAGUGUACAAAAUUUUAUUCAGUAAUCAGGUGGACAAAAUUGCAGUUUGGGGGGGAAAAAAGUAAUAAAAGAGGUCCUAUUUUUGGGGUAUUUGCUUGGUGUAAAGCCGUACAGUCACUGUCUCAAGGUUGAACCACAUUCAGGCCUCAGGACCAGUGUACCUCCAUGGUAUUUACCUGAGAAAGGUAGCCUUACUUUGCUUUGUUGUCCUUCACUGUGAGACCAAAUAAAUAAAAAUAGUAUUUAUUUUUUUUGUUUUGUUUUUUAAUGAGGGUUUUUGGUGAAAAAUUUUGUCUAUAUGAUUAUAGAUACAGGUUGUGUUCGUGAUUGUAGAUUUUAACCAUUUUUAUGCAUGUUUGGCGAUUUAUUCAUAAACCUUUGUUCUCACCCUUGUGCUCAUUUUGAUUCGUUUAAACUUGUUCUGAUGUGCACUUCCGCCCAUCAGCAGUUGUAAGCAUUAAUGAUCAUCCUGCAUUUUUCAAACUCCUCAAAAUUAAACAUUUCAUAUUAA